UUGGUCCAGGUGAUCAUCAACAACGCAGCUGGAAACUUUGUCUGUCCAUCAGAACGUUUGUCCCCAAACGGCUGGAAGAGCAUCACCGACAUCGUCCUGAACGGGACGGCCUUCGUGACCCUUGAGCUGGGCAAGAGGCUGAUCCAGGGUCAGAGAGGCGCGUCCUUCUUGGCUAUCACCACCAUCUACGCCGAGUCCGGGUCAGGCUUCGUGGUCCCGAGUGCGUCGGCGAAGGCUGGAGUCGAGGCGCUCUACAAGUCCCUGGCUGCAGAGUGGGGGCGGUACGGCCACAGGUUCAACAUAAUCCAGCCUGGACCGAUCAGAACCAAGGGGGCGUUUAGCCGUCUGGACCCGACCGGAACCUUUGAGAAGUCGAUGAUGAAUCGGAUCCCGACGGGUCGACUGGGAACACCAGCGGAGAUCGCAAACCUGGCAGCGUACAUGAGCAGUGACUACGCUACAUGGAUGUCCGGAGCUGUGAUUCGGUUCGAUGGAGGAGAAUACGUGUCGAUGGCUGGAGAGUUUAAUGAUCUGCGCAGGGUAACUCCGGACCAGUGGAAGAUCAUGGAGGCGAUGAUAAGAAGUACCAAAGGAUCCUAAAAACGCUAGCACUCCAAACUGAACCACAACAACCAAUCAGACCGGACUUCGAAGGUGGACCCGCCCACCAGUCGAUGUAAUGAAGUGGAGAAUCUGAUGAAAGUCUCCUUAAUUUUUCUUAAACGACUGAGCCUUAAUAACAGAAGACAAUGUUAGCUUGUAGCUGGGGAGGAAGUCAUGUGACUAACUGCACAUGCUCAGUGCAAACUCAGAUUCAUCAGUUUGAUAAUAAAACACUGAAGUUUCACUAAUACAAUGUUUCGGGUGUGGUACUAAAUAGCUAAACUGACCAUUUUAGAGGAUUUGAAACAGAAAUCAGAGAUCGGGGGUUCCCGAAAGUUUGAUAACGUUGUGCCUUCAUAUAAGCCAUCAUACAGCAAACAGAUUUUUUAAUGUACUACAAUACUAUGACUGUAUUUGCUAUUUGACAAGCUAUACUGUAAUUUUUUGGUCAGCGUGCUAUACUUUUUUGAAUGUUUUGUACAACAACAAUUCUGUGCCAUUUUUUCGACCUGCUUUAUUGUGUUUUUGGCAGUUUUUUCUUUACAUGCUAAAUUAUGACGUGUAUAGACGAGCCAUAAUAUGUCAUUUUCAACCAUUUUUUCAACAUGCGUUACUAUGAUGUUUUUAGCCUUUAUUUCAACAUAGUGUACUAUGACUUGUCUCAACAUGCUAUAUUAUGUCAUUUUCAGAAGUUUUUUUGAAAAACAUGAAAUUUUGACAUGUCCAAAAAUUGUCUGAAAACGACAUAUUAAAGCUUGUAGAGUCGUGUCAUAGCACACAAUGUCAACAAAAUUGGCAAAAAUCACGUACAAAAACUGCUUUUUUGGCAAUGUAAUAUAGCAUUUUGGGUCAUGUUUUCAACAUGCCAUAUUAUGGUGUUUUUGGCUGUUUUUGCAACUUUCUAUGCCAUGGCGUGUCUGGUUAGGGUUAGGGUGGUCUAAUUUGGAAGGAAUGUUUUUAAAAAGAAAUUACUGAUCCAAUUAAUAUAAGCUAUAGCCAUAUAAAGUUUUGUGCCCCUCCCAUAAGCACAAAUAAAAAAAACCAAAAGUC